AUGGAGCAUACGGAUGAGCGAGAUGAAUCUGCCGAGACCAAGGACUCCCAAAAGAAUGCACAACGUAAGGACGAGAUCUAUGGCCACUUAACUUUCUACCGUGAGACUAAUGAGAUGACAGUUGACUUCAGAUCCCGGCUGAAGCAAUAUGCGUAUUCGAACCCCAUAGAUACUCCUACACAAAGACGUUCGACCCGCCUCACUGAAGCCUCACCCAACGCAUCCCUUGAGGUUUCGUCUUCAAGUCCCAGCAAGAAACGGACCAGGGACACUUGGUCCUCUCUCCACAGCAUCACCGCUAGUAACGAAAACAACUCGGUGAUCAAGCAGGCAGAGGAACAUGGUCACAAUGCUUUGACACCACCAUCAGCCAAAAAAAGACGAAGCACAACGAAAGAAAGGUCUGCGAGAGAUCCUCAUAGUCCGGACAACAAAUUGGUCGACAGUCUUCGCCCUGGCCUCACACUUGUCUGCAUUGGGCUGAAUCCAGGCUUGAUGACUGCCGCAACUGGACACGCCUACGCACAUCCCUCGAAUCGGUUUUGGCAUCUUCUCUACGAGAGUGGAAUUACAUCCAAGAAACACCAUCCAUCUGAAACGAGAGACUUGAUGGAUUUAUACUCGAUUGGCAAUACCAACAUCUGUGCUCGACCUACGCGGAGUGGGGAUGGUUUGACGCGGGAGGAGAUGCAACAGGGGGCAUUAUUACUAGACAGCAAGAUUGCAGAAUUGAGACCUGAGGCCGUCGUGAUCGUGGGCAAGGGUAUUUGGGAGGCGGUAUGGAUGAUGAAGAAGGGCGAGACCAAGUUCAAGGACCCUGGAUUCCAUUGGGGAUGGCAGGAUCGAGACAUGCAGCUUGGCCGAGUCAUGGGGAACAAUGGUCAGGUCGUCUGGCCUGGGUCCAAGACGUUUGUGGCUACCUCGACGAGUGGGCUGGCAGCAACGUUGAGACCAGAGGAGAAGCUGGCUAUCUGGCGUCCAUUGGGCGAUUGGAUGAUUGCGAAGCGGGAACAGGCGCAUGCCGCUCGAAGCUUAUGA